UCAAGGUACAUUGUUAUGUAUCAUCAUACAAGUGUUGUGGGUUCAUUUAGGUUGUGUUCGAAACCUGGGCAAAAUUGCAUUCCAAAACUGCUAAAUACUCACCCCCCUGGUCACCUUUACCUACUCCUCCCACACAGAUAUGUAGUUGGCAAAGCCCAUGAUCACCAUCGAUCACCAUAGCGAAUAAACAAUAUGGCGGAUGAAAAACAGAUUUUAAUUUUUAUAUAAUAUUCGUGCUCUUUUCCCCUGUUAUAAAAAUUCUUCAUCGAAAAGGAGUAUAAGAUGCAUGUAACAUUGAAUCAUCAUGGCUGAUGGUGGGAAUUACUCGUUUUUCAACCACAAUCUUCGCACGACAGCUAUGCAGCAGUCCUUUGACCGGCCUAAACUUCUUCAGCAAAGGCGAUCACAAUCAGCCGGAAAUCGACUCGAUUCGUCGUCGAAUAGAGCUGUUGAGAGUAAAAAAGAUACACCGUUGUUAGUUAGAGAAGGAGAUGCUCAAAACGUGAAAUUUGUGCCACAUCCUCCGUCUUCUCCUCGUUCGAAUUCAGGAACGGCGGAAGGGAAUCCGCGUGUCGCGGCGUUAAAUUCGAAAGGCAUCAAAAGAAGUCGUUACGAGUCGCCAAGGACUUCUCCAUCUGGCUCAGAAGAUGAAAGGAGAAGUCGUAAACAUGUUCUGAAUGUGAUGCUGGAUCCGUUGCCUCUGAAGCGCAGUGGGAGCACAGGUAGUUUGGACAGCAUCGGUUCCAGUGAAUCUUUUGGAAGUCCUCGCGAUGGGCAUAGAGGUGCUAAUCGUAAUCUUAGGGGUAUUGAACCUCUUAAAGAUAUAGGUUCCAAUAAGGAACUUCUUAAAAACUUUAAAUCUUACCAGAAUAGUGCGAAAAACGAGGAUUUGGGUAAGAAGAUGUUGAAAAAGAAUGUUGUUCACCCUUUGAGGGUAGAACAGCAGCAAGCAGACAUCUCGACACAGACAGGCUCAACACCCAUUAAAUCUAAUUCGAAGACGACAUCUGUAUUGUAUGAUGAACCUCCUGCUGAGGAUGAAGUUACAUUAUCUUCCUCAAAUGACAGUUUGACAAGUGUUAGCGACAGCGAAGAAAAUUCAAUAAGCAACAGUGAUGCAGAGUCUAAAAAUCAGCGUAAGCCCAUCCAAAGAGACCCUAAUUCGACUUUACCUACCCUACCUUGUCAACUUAAUGACAGAACUCUUGGAACUAAUGCAUCUGGGUUGUAUGAAUCUGUGCAUCCAAGUGAAAGAAACCAAAAUGAUAUCCCAUCAGUGCAAACUGGUGAACUUAAUGACCAAGGUGUUGUGACAAAUUCAUCUGGUUUGUAUGACAGUGUACCUCCAAAUGAAGGUAUAUAUCAGAAUCAAGGUAUACCAGUAUAUCAGAAUCAAGGUGUGUAUCAGACUGAAGGAAUCCAAGAUGAUCUCCAACAUAAUUCAACUUCUGAUUUAAGGCAGCUCAGCAGGGCACUGGAGAAGGUAGUCACUGACGAUGAAACGUAUGCGUCAGACACAGACUUGUCUUUUAGAUCAACAGGACAGGCGUCUGGUUUCUCUACAUCAACCUUGCUUCCACGUGUGUCUGCAAGAAGAGCACGGACAAGGAGUGGUAACUUUUUAAAGGAGGAAAUGGAGCGUUACUUCCCUGACAGGCAAAUUGGCAUUUUUGUUGCUACCUGGAAUAUGCAUGAAGAAAAGGAAGUUCCAUUCUACUUAGAAGAUUUUUUAAUACCAGAUUCAACUGAUUUCUUACAAGACCUCUAUGUUAUUGGCUCCCAAGAGAGUACAUCUCAAAGAAAAGAGUGGGAGAUCCGUCUUCAAGAAACUCUUGGUCCAUCGCAUGUGCUGAUGUAUUCCUGUUCUUUUGGGUUGUUACACCUGGCACUGUUUAUCAGGAGAGAACUUGUCUGGUUUUGUUCUCCUGUGAGUGAAGAUAGUGUAUCUACUAGAGUGGGUCAUAUGAUUAAAACUAAGGGAGCUUUGGCUGUGUCCUUCAGCAUAUUUGGAACAUCAUUCCUCUUCAUUGACUCUCACUUUACUUCUGAUGAAGGCAAAGCUAUGGACCGUGUAAGUGAUUACAAGACAAUCUGCAAGUCUCUGUCAUUAUCACCUGAGGGUCAGCCCAGCGGAAACAAUGAACUGGAUUUGACAGCCAAUUUUGACCGAGUGUUUUGGUUGGGAGAUUUCAACUUUAGGGUUACCCUGGACAGAUCAAAAGUGGAUGGAUUGCUUGAGAAGUACAAAGACCAGGAAAAUCCUGAGUGUAAAGAUUUACUGGAGAAAGAUCAGCUUCUAGAUCUAAAGGAACAAGGAAAAGUAUUUGUGGGAUUCACUGAACCUCCAAUCAAAUUCUUACCGAGUUACAAGCAUGACAUACAGAGCGACAACUAUGACACGUCAUCUAAAAACAGGACGCCUUCUUGGACGGACCGUGUUCUUUACCGCAGUAGAGAUCCAUCAAGUAUCCAGCCAGUUAUCUACAGCAGUUGUGUUUCUGUCAAGACGUCAGAUCACAGGCCAGUAUUUGGUAUUUACCAAGUCAAACUCAAUCCUUGCCGGGAAAACAUUCCUCUGACUGGAGGCCAGUACAUCCGGGAUGUUUAUGUGGAAGCCAACCGCAGGCGAUCACUUGGACCCAGCUCUCAAGAACAGAGUUCUGUGUGCGUCAUCCUAUGACAGCUGUUAACUGGGCCCCGAUCGGGGAGACACCUCGAACAAGCCUGAAGAGCACAUCUGGAUGACACCUCCACGGCAUACGGCGUCGGAAGCGUGUUGCUCUAAGAGCGGGAGACAAGUUAUUUAACAUAUUGGAUUCAAAUGCAGCUCAUUACAUCAUUGUACAUAAUUUAAAAUGUGAAAGAUUGAGUUAUUUUAAGCUACCUUGAAACCCAGUUUCGGUAAUUUGGAUAUAUGUAACGUUUUAUCUUGCUUUUGUACUUAAAAAAGGUGACGUAUUAUUGUAUCCAUGCGUAUACAAUGUAAUGAGUAAAGCAGUCGUUCAUUUUCGCACUCGAGGAUCUUUUAUGCAUAUAGAAAUGAAAACCUUUCCGUGCAUCUCUUUUACACAAUUAUAACAUUGCUUUUACUUCCUGCUAGCUUCAUCUUGGUAAUUAUAGUCAAUGCUUGCUAUCAGUGUGAAUGGCAUGAUUAUACCAUUGUUAACACGUUCAAGAUAGCCUCGUACCUGAUAGAAUGUAAAAAACAGACAUAAUAAAAUAAUAAAUCUGCCUGGAACUCCAUG